GUGGAGCUCCAAAAUCUCGGGGAGAGAGAGAGAUGUCUACAGAGAUCGUUCAACUACGACGGAGAUUGGUCGAGUUCCUGAUUUAUUCUUCUACUCAACUCGAACUUCCUCCGAUUGUUAAAUACUCAGCACUAUCACUCUUCUUCGAUCGAUUUCGUCCCUCUGUAGUCAGGUUCUUACAGAAAAAGAAAGCUGAGCAUUGGCUAUUGCAACCUCUGACUGAAAGCAAUCUGCAGCUAUUUGUGUUGGUCUCCAUUUGGAUCUCAUGCAAAAUGCAUUGUACCCGGGGUUUAUCGGUUCAUAGUCUGAAAUCCUUUGGGGAUAAAGUGAUUACAGAGCAACUCUUCAUGGUUCGGGAUUUUGUGGAUGCGGAACUUGUUUUUCUGAGGGUUUUGAAAUUUGACAUUGGGACUCUAAAUAUAGCUUAUACGCUGCUUGAAGACCUUUUUAUACAGUUCAAAGAAGUUGCUAAGGUUGGGGAACUUUUGAACUUUGAAGCAUGUAUGGACAUGAUGGAUCUUCUUUACGAGAAAGAGGAGACAUCCCUUCUUUAUCAAUCUACAAAAUCUUUGGCUGCUUCCAUUUUGGUGUCUUCUUACAUAAUAACAGUGCCAAAACAGCUGUACGAGUUCCCUAUUCUGCCUUGGGUGAAAAUGGUGACAAACAAGGAAGAAAAGGAAGUGGUGGAGCUUGUUGGAUACAUACUUGCUCAUGUCCUUUACUCUCACCCUUCCUAAAACUCUCCCCUUAAACCCUACA